GCGCAUUACACCAGGUCGGUGGAUUUUUCGAAUAGAGUUCGGUUUGUGUUCCUAAAACACACACCGGAAAUAUCCCCUGGUUGCUCGUAAUUCUUUGCUCUCUGUUUUUCUUCUGUGUGCUUUAUUCCACCUCACUAUACGGUGAAUGUAACACAGCUUCUAACAAGCUUCACUGCACAUCGCUUUCCAUCUUCAAGAAGCAGCUGCGCGCAUGCGACUUGGCACGAAGUGUUUUUGUAUAUCUCUUUUCAGUUAUUUGCUUUAUGAACUCAUAGCUGUGUUUUUGUUGCCCAUUCGAAGCAAAAAAGGAAAAGAUUGCUCUCCAACAACAAACACAGAGCGAUGAGCCGUGCGCCUGCUAAGACAGCCGCGCUUGCGAAGCCAGCUGCGCCUGCGCGGAACCGCCUGGGACUCACGAACCUGCAAGUGCGCGCCGUUACUAUCGCCACGGUGGGGCCGUCCAUCAUCGCUUUUGGCGCCUACUCUGAGAAGUGCGGCACUCUGCUAGUCUUUCUCGCCACUUUUAUCAGUGGCAUUGAGUGGAGUGGGCUGAAGCGCCACCUCAAGGUCGCGUUGCUCAUGUCCAUGGACAGUCCCAGUUCCAUCGCGCCUGAGACCGCGUUCCGGGAGUCGGCAACGCAGCUCGCUCCAGGACGCGACUUUGUAGCCGGCUCGCCGCCACCGUCUCCGUUGGUAGGAGGUGUUCCUCUCUGCCCUAUGGAGUAUCCGCUGCCCGUCCCACCUCUGAGCCUUUACAUCAUCAUCAAGCACAUCGGCUGGUCGCUUCUCGUCAUUGCCGCCUACCACGGCGUGAAGGUCUUUUACAUGGUGCUUGAGCUCUACUUUUUGGUCUUUGUUGUCGUGACGUUGACGGCGCACAACCGGCUAGAGAUGAGGGUGGGCAACGCGAUGGACCGCCUGAGUCACCAAUUGAGCGCUGCGAAUCAACACCUGCCACACCCCAAGAAAACAGAUCCCGACAAGCCGAGGCCACCGCUGUUGUUGGCGGACCCUGGCGAGUCGAUAGAGGCCCGCAUAGCCAAGGCGCAGAGGAACUACUUUAUUUCGAUGGAGCUGCACAUGAUCGCUGAGCGACAGCCCACGGAGCAGUUUCUCGACUUCUGCCUUGACAUCUUCGGCAUCUUGUGGAUCACCGGCAUUAUCAUCCCCGUAUUCGUCUACCGCAUCCCGAACGUCGGGGUGCCGUGGCUGGCCUCCACGAUUAUUGGCAACUUCAUGAACGACAUCGCUGCGCUGGUGGUGGGCCGAGGCCUGAGGACGCUGCGGGAGCGCUACGGAGCUGUGUACGACGUUACAGGGGAGGUGCCUGCUGCGGAGACGGGGAAACGCCCUCUAUGCGAGGCGAGUUGGGUGAAGCGGCUGAUCUUGCGCGGUCCCCAUCAGCUUUACCGUGCGAUUAGCCCGAACAAAUCAGUGGAAGGCGCAGUGGCGGGCGUGGUCAUGAAUGCGGCGACGUUUUCGGGUUUGAUGUUUUGGUUCUACGCGCGACUGGUCGACGCGCCGGCGCCCCAUCUGGUCGCCCCGGUGUUCCAGCACGUUGGUUUGUGGUUGGUUAUUGGGGCAGUUAUGGGUGUGCUUGGCGUGUACGGCGACCUGCUGCAGUCUCUUCUCAAGCGCACGGCGCGUGUGAAGGACGCGGGCUUUAUCAUCCCUGGGCACGGCGGCAUGCUAGACCGCAUUGACGGCAUGCUCCUCGUCUUCCCUUUCAUGUACGGCGCGUUGAAUACGAUCAUGAAGAUGUCGUGA